AUGGCGCUGCAGGCACCUACUCCGACUACUCUGUGGACCAGCUCGGUACCCGUCGCGCCGUCACCAACUGGUUCGCUUCAUCUUCCGGGCGUUACGCCGUUCGUGGCGGCGGCGAUAUGGCGAGAAUCUCCGACCCCCGGUGAUUACGACCCCUCUUGCACACCCUACAUUCUUCCGUCUCUUGGACUCCUUAAAAUUGCACCGAAUUCCACAAUUACUCUAGAAGCCGAUGCUACGUUUACUCCGAUAUGCUUAAUAAACGACACAUUAUCCUAUCUUGACAGCAAUGAUAGUCUAGGGCCUCGAGUCCCGCAGUCCGAUUUGCGAGAUCCGUUCUACUCAAGUUCGAUACCUAUGGCCUACGCGAUCGGCGGCACUACAGUACUGGCUUAUAUCCUACUUAUAAUUCUUUUAAUAUCGCCUCCUGGGUCGCGGCCUAUUUUACAGAAAGCGGCCACCCUUACCGUUGUUAUAUCUCUUACUAUUGCCUGGGCCGAGUUGAACGAGAUUGUGGAAUACCAACACGCACAUGGAUAUUCGAAUGGCGCUCAAAUUCGGAUUCAUAUCCUCAAAGGGCUGAAAAUACAAAUCGUUAGAGUAAUAUCUGACACAUUUUUAUAUCUGGCGCAGGUUCAAACCCUCAUACGACUGUUCCCCCGGCACCGCGAAAAGCUGGUCAUAAAAUGGGCCGGUCUGGUUCUGAUAGUCUUGGACACGGUCUUUAACGUCAUCAACAACUUCUUUUCAAAACAAGGAUCCCCGAAAAGGUUUCUAGAUGCAAUACCAGCCCUAUCGUAUCUUUUACAGAUCGCACUGUCAUUACUAUACGCCUGCUGUGUGUUGUACUAUAUGUUCAGCCACAGACAGUUUUCGGUCAUGAUGCCUUGGUCGAUCCAUAAUCGGCAUAAAUAUGCGGGGGAUACUUCCAAAGUUGCAAUGCCGCUUAUUGCGCUAAUUACGACGGCUACGAUAUUUGUUCCACUCGUUUUUUUUGUGGUUGAUAUCUCGAAUCAAGAUCUUGCUGGUUGGGGUGAUUUUGUAAGAUGGAUUGGUGCUUGUGCUGCAAGUGUUAUAGUCUGGGAAAUGGCCGAUAGAAUAGAGUAUUUCGAAAAACAGACCAUACACGCUGGUAUACUCGGCCGUCAAGUGUUUGAAGGAGACGAGAUGCUCCAGGGAAUUGGGGGGCGGGUAGUGGAUUGGGGCGGCAGUAGUCGCGGCGAUAAAGACGACGGACCUGGCGGUGGAGGCGGUGGAGGCGGCGCUACAGGAGCGCUCGGUCGUCCUCUCAAUUCAGACGAAAAGAUGGGAUAUGUCAUGAACUCGGAAGCAAACAAGAAAGGAAAACUUGCCGAUAAUUCACCUGGACGCCCAACACCGCCGUUAUCGAUGGCUGCUUCUGGGUCUACGACGUAUGUUAUAAGGGUACAUCCAACGCAGACGCCGCCGAGUCAGACAGCCCGACCGAGCAGCACAGUCAGCAGAUCGACAUCGUCAGCACGUGAGACGAACCGUGGGACGAGCACUAUUAGCGACCUUGCAAUCAGCCCUGCGAAUACCCCUUCCAAUGAAACGGGUAUCAGUGGCCCGAGACGAGCUAUCACUUUUUCGGACAUUAGUCGCCCAGUAACAGAAUCCCCAGGUCUUGGACAGUCGAAAGCACUUCCCCAUACUUAUCGGACAGGGCAGGCACCAUUUAAUCCUGAGGACUUCUCGCCUGAGGGUUCAAGAUCUCAUGGGCCUCUGGGGCUUGGGAAGGGUUUAGCGUUUUUGAAGUGGUUUCGUAAGGGAGAAGAUAGCAAGCCGAACUGGCCGGCUCAGAAGAUACCGGAUGUUGAGGAUGGGAAUAUAAGGCACGAAUCUGCGCUUGGUCAACAAGUAAUUUUGUUUGAUCCACCGUCAAAUCAUGUAUCUGCACAGAGUUCAACGGAAGAUGACACAUUCGGAGACCAUCAUUCGAUAGACCCGGAAGUGCAAAGUCGUUCUCGACACUCUUCACCAGCUCAUAUAAGACAUACACCGCCAGACCAAGUCGAUGAGCAACAGCAGCAACCCAACCUGCUGCAUCAGGAGGAUGCAGAAGACGAAGAACAGAAACCGACAUCAUCUCUUUUCAAAAGCAUCUGGAAGCGGAAACCUUCAACUGACAAAGUCAAACCCCAUGAACCCUUCCCAAUUACAUACAUCCCUGCGCAAGCCCGAGGCAGUAAUCCAGUAAACCCGCAGGAUGUGGAGGAUGCGCGCAACCGAGAGCUCGAGCGGAUCCGCGCCGGCGGUAGUAGUAACCAAAGCAGCUCGGAAGGCACAUCUAGUAGUCCCUCCAAUACUAGCGAUGUGAUGGUCACCAGAUUUGAACAGCAUCCAAACCAAAAGAGUAUCCGGGCUACAUCGGGCACAGAAUCUCUUAACCGCUCAUCGGCAUCACCUGCGUCUCGACUCCGGCAUUCAGUCGAUUUUGACCUACCAGAAGGAAGUACAGCGGGGCCACCGGUUUCACCACGACGUCAUAUGCACACCCACAGCGCCAGCGGGACACAAAACAUCACGCCUCCACCACCGGUAACUAGGUCUUCGACAGCUUCUCUUAGCGGGAGCGCUCGAACAUCCUCAACAGGUUCUUGGCAAUACCGGGCUAGUCCUAAUAAUGGCGGCGUAAGGAUGACACCUGUGAACCCACGACCAUAUAAUCCAAAUGAAGGAGGUCAUCACGUACAAGGCCCCACGCACUCGCACUCGCAUUCUCACUCACACUCUCACUCACACCAACAUCAACUGGUCCCACACCAACCGGAGGGUAUAGGCCCAAAUUUGCCACUGUCGUCGAAGAGUGCAGCUCCCACUAAACUACUGGGACGCCCGUUGGAUCCAACAGUGAUACCGGAAGAAGCAGAAGGCUCGUCAAUGGCGAGUAUAAAAGGUGUAGACCAUAGCGCUGAUGAAGGCGAAAUACAAUAUCCAAGUAUAACGAAGAAUAAAGGUAAAUCAAGAGAAGACUAA